AAUAUUCAAGUUAUUUUAUUCUUUUUCUUAUUUUCUUCCGGUCUUCGACAUUGUGUAAUCGUACCACCGCCAAGGGAGCUCUAUCCUAUGCCUUGCAAUCCUUCAGUGAAAGGCGUAAUUGAUGCCGGUCAAUCUUGCAUCGGUUCACCAAGAGAAAUGGACAAAGGCUUUCGGAGUUAUUUCAACGGAUACGAUACAAAUCAUGAUGGAAUUAUUGAUCCAAUAGAGAAUAUUCAAGCUCCUUCAGCUAUAGCUUAUACAAGUGUCAAUACCGGAAAGGCAAAGAGUAAAGGUCCAAACAGGUUACGAUGAAUGGACUUUGUUGGUUGCUAAGAUUUGAUUCGUUCUGACGUUCGUUCGUUUUUUAUUUGUAUUCGAUUUGUAAGCGGGGUAAUUAGCGUGCUUUUUGUAUUUUGUGUUUUGUAUUAUCUAUCCGUGCUGUGAGAAUCUUCUUGAAUAUAUG